AUGACGAUUCCAACCUUUGCAAAGCCACGCGAGCUCAAGCACACCCCAGUUGACAUACUCGUGCAUGCAUACAACAGCAAGUGUCUCGCCAGCAACAGACUCGGGCCGUGUGGUCCUGACCUGGCCGACUUUUACGGCGACAAUGUCACCAACUUUCCGCGGACUUUUCUCCGCCCGCCUGCGUCCGAGGAGGCCAUUGCGGCUCUAGACGCCAAGUUUCGCGAGAAUGGAUUUCCCCACGGCAUGCCCGAGGACCUCGCCACCUUUUAUCGCGUGACGGACGGCAUCUUUGAGGGCGACGAUGGCGUAUCAGGCGGCGAAAUCUUCUCGCCCGUCGAGGGGGUUGAAGUCAUCACGGAUGCAAUGGUGUGGCCGUGCGAGCUCCUUCCCUUCUUUGACGAGUAUGAGAAACUCGGGUUCCAGCUCGAUCUAAAAUGGCCAGAGAUCAAAUGCGCCGUACAAUUAGGCGCAGGUGGCGAUGAGGGGGUGCAACUUCUUGUGCCGCCGGCAAUGACUAGAGAGGGCAUUGACGUGGCGGAAAAAGCAUGGGAAAACGGAGACUCAAAGACGAGGCACCAGCUGGAGGCAGUUGCGGAGAGGAUAUACGGCGGAUGGGACGAGAUGAAGAAGCUGGAGGUUGCGAUGAUUCGUAGCUACCAUUGGGCGGCGGAGACGGAAAGUUUCUCCAGCUUCAAACACAUGCUAGAAGCCUAUGUAAUGGAUGCAAGUAGUAAGGAAGGACAACAGGACGACGAUGGUGGCAAGGAUGACGAUGAAACUGAAGACGAGAAUGACAGCGCCGAGGAGGGCGAUGAUGACAAUGAGCUUACAGUAGGCUCACAAGAAGAAGUGGAUGCGCUGAAGGAUAAAAAGAUCAUUUUCACGGGAACCUUUCAAUCAAUGGAUCGUAAGACUUGCGAGCAGAAGGCGAAAGAUCAUGGAGGUCAGCUUACUCGAAAGUUGGCCGACGCGGACUAUGUUGUGGUAGGCGACAGAGCGGGCCCGAAGAAGCUUCAAGAGAUCAGCGAACUUGGCUUGAAAACCAUUGAUGAGCAACAAUUCCUGGCUCUUAUUCAAGAAGAAGAUCUGGAGAAGACGCCAGACCAAGACUCGGGACCCGUUGCACCAAAGAAGAAAGAUGUAAUCGUACCCAAGAGCACCCAAACAGGCUCAGUGGGUAAGGAUGCAUCGGAAACCUUGGCAGGGAAGAAGAUCUUAUUCACGGGAACAUUUGAAACCAUGGAUCGCAAGCAAGCCAAGCAGGAGGCCGAACAACACGGCGCCAAGGUCAUCAGUGCGAUACCAAAGGGAGAUGGCCUGGACUUCAUCGUGCUCGGCGUCAACGCGGGGCCAAAUAAGCUGAAAGAGAUUGAGCAGCGAGGACUACGCACUAUCACUGAGCAGGAUUUUCUCGACAUGAUUGCAGGCCUUGGCAAGGAUGAGGCGGCAGCAUCAGGCACCGGCCAAAAGCGAGCAAAUCAAGCAGCUGCGGAGCCAAAACAGGCACAAAAGCGCCAGCGGGGUGCGAAAUAA